CCAAACUUUGCAUCCAAGCUCAGAUUUACAACACUGCUGUCCUGAUCCAGAUCCUUAUCCUCCCACUGACGCGCGGACGCACCAGUGUCUCCACUGGUGCUGCUGAAUGCUGCAAGGCAGAGAGAGAGAUAGAGAGAGAGAGAGAGAGAGAGAGAGAGAGGGAGAGAGAGAGAGAGAGAGAGAGAGAGAGAGAGAGAGAGAGAGGGAGAGAGAGAGAGAGAGAGAGACUCAUGGGAUGCUGAUGAUUGAUCCGGACUAAGUGGAUGCUAUCGAUGCGGCUUGCAGAUGUUUUCCCCUCCAGUUGGUUCAACAAGCUGAUGCGCACAAUGAGACCUGUUCUUCUCCUCACAUGUCUCUCAGACACGGUAGUGUGAGCAGCAGCUGCGCACUGUAUGGGAACGCCGGGUCAUCGAUGCAGAACUCCUCAGCGCUGUUCGGGAUGGUCAGCCACUGUCAGACCCCCGCGUUCACGGACUUCACCGGCAUGACGCUCUCCAUGUUCAGCGGCAAGGCGGACAUCUGUGCGCGGCGAGCCGGGAGCGGUGCUUAUGGAUCUCAGCUUUGCCGGAGCCCACAUGACACCGCGACUCCCAUGAGCUGCGCCAGCCCCAAGCGACUCUGCGCGUCCGAGCCAAAAACGCAUGUGUCAGCCAAAGCUCCGCGCUCCUGCUUCUCUCUCGCACCCGUGCAAGUGAAUGGUGCCUUCUGCUCAGAGAAAGAUGUUGACGCUGAGGACACACUAAUGCGAUGUGGGCAGAACCUGCCACUGCCGAUGGGGGGUCAUUCAGGGGGGACUUACCCCCAGAGCCUCCACUGCGACAGACCCACCCCCGACCUCCAUCUGCAGGACGGCCCUCACCAAGACACAAGAUCCUCCUCUGUCUUCCACAGGACUCUGCCAGGAGCCUCACAUGGACUGAGCUGUGGCAGUGCCAGCACGGCACGCUCCUCUCUGGCUUACCUAAUCAAACAGGAGAAUUCAAUGGGCUAUAAAACCCCUAGCACAGGGUCAGGGGUUCAUAGCUCAUCUCAGGCCCGUUAUCAGAUUUGUAGAACAGGGGAAGGUUUGGGGGCACCAAGGGAUUUGACAGUCGUAGGUCCACAUGUUAGCAACAACGGUAGUAGCAUAUGUACAGCAGGCGGCGUCGGAAGUGCUGUGUUAAGUGACGCAGUUCAACCGUUUAAUAAUGAAGAUGGCUCCUCCCCACUGGCUUUGUCUCCUACUGGCUCCCAUCAUUCAGCACGGCUGCCCAGUGCGAACAGUCUGAAGAGACGCUGCCUGUCCCUGGCCUCACAGUCUAUUUCUGCUGCAGGAACUGGCAGCGUUGCUGCGACAAGUUCACCAUCAGCUUCUGGCGCCGCUUCCGAGGACAUCAAUAUCACCGCCAUCACCUGCUCCUCCUCCCAGAUGUCGAUGGUGGCCUGUGUCAACGGGUUACGUACUAAUCUCUCACCCAGCCACGCCAGCAGUGCCGGCUUCUCCUCCUCUUCCUCCUCCUCUUCUACAUCCCCACCCUCUAACUCCUGUUCACAAGAAGCCCAACAGAGGCCCCAAGCUCACGGCAGCCCCCAACAAACUACGGGACAGGAGAGCUGUCAGCUGUCCUCACCUGCCUCCUGCCUUUUAUCUCUUUCCUGCUGCUCCACGUCCUCCUCGUCAGUGUCAUCAGUGGAACCAGAGCAGGGCCAGGGGCAGAGCCAGGGGCCGUGUGAGGAGCAGGGCUCCAUGCUGCAGGGGUGUGGAGCUGGAGGAACAGCUAGGGGAGGAGUGGGAGGCUCGGAUGGGCUUGGGAUGUUGAUGAGUGGGGCUCUGAUGUCUGGGACGCUGACUUCGGGGCCUGAAGCUGGAGUUCUUCUGGAUGGGGGGCAAAAAUCAGGAGCUGUCCUCAAGCAGGAGCCUCUUGAUGAUUUCUCUCCCAGUGAAGAUGAACUCUUUCAGCAGCACUAUCACCAUCAUUUAAGUGGUCGUAGUGGGCACCUUCGUCACCCACAUCACCCCCCUCGAUCUGCCAUGCCUCCGCCCUACCACCUGCACCAAUACGUGGGGCCCAGCCCUGGGGGCCUGUUGCACAGCCUGAGCCAGCAAACAGCUUCAGCUUCCUCUCUAGGACACAAACAAACCUCUGGAUGCUCGUCUGGGUCCAUAGUCCCAGAACAGGAGGAGGCCGUUGGAGGUACACUGGGGGAAAGGCAGGUGUGUCGCUGGAUUGACUGUAGUGCUGCGUAUGAGCAGCAGGAGGAGCUUGUGAGGCAUAUUGAGAAAGUUCACAUCGACCAGCGCAAAGGCGAAGACUUCACCUGUUUCUGGGCUGGCUGCAUUCGCCGAUACAAGCCCUUCAAUGCGCGGUACAAGCUGCUCAUUCACAUGAGGGUCCACUCUGGAGAGAAACCCAACAAGUGUAUGUUUGAGGGCUGCAACAAAGCGUUUUCCCGUCUGGAGAACCUAAAGAUCCACCUGAGGAGUCACACAGGAGAGAAACCGUACCUGUGCCAGCAUCCCGGCUGCCAGAAAGCUUUCAGCAACUCCAGCGACCGCGCAAAGCAUCAGCGCACUCACCUGGACACGAAACCGUACGCGUGUCAGAUUCCUGGCUGCACCAAGCGUUACACAGACCCCAGCUCCCUACGCAAACACGUCAAGAUCCACUCGGCCAAAGAGCAACAGGUGCGUAGAAAGCUCCGGCCCUGCCCUCACUUGGAGCAGGACGUCCUGAGCGACUGUUUGUCCAUGCAGCACCGUCAAAGCUCCGCCUCCUCGCAGCAACUGUACAACGGCAAAGAUGGUCGUUCUCCUGGACUGGGUCAAGACAUCUUCACAGGCCUGUACACUGGCUCCAGCACCCCCCAUCACAGCGCGUCAGUGGAGCUCCUUUCCCCUAACCCCAACCCUGUGUCCACCACUGACCUGCCCUCCAGACACCACCGACUCGACCGUGACCACAGCAGCCCUCAUCAUCUGUCCCCGCUGACUGCUAUGGACGGCACAAGAGACAGUGUGUCUGCUCCCCUCCAGUCUCCUGGGAUAAAGGGAACAGGAACGCCUCCGCCGCCUCCUCCUCCUCCUCCUCUGGAGAAACAGCAUGUUCACCCUCACCAAAAGCCCUACUCUCACUAUCACCACCAUCAGCCUGCUAACGAUGAAUAUCAAGGCAGCUUUCAGAGCUGCUUCCAUUUUGGAGACUCUUACAGGAUGGAGCAGACGGUCGGUGGUGUCCACAUCCCGGGAGAUUCUCACGCCUACACUUCCCAUCAGCACAAUGGCUUCCACAUGUCAACGAGCAACGCUAGCUCUGCUAGCUUCACUUUGACCCAAGAGCUGCAAGGAAAUGCAGGGUGCCAGUUCUCUUCAAGCCCAGAGGAGAGCAUCUUCUUCCAGGUGGGCAGCUUCGACCGCAGCCUGAGCCACAUGUCGUCCAUCUAUACUGAGACAUAGAGCGCUAUCGCCACCACACCCACUCUUGUGCUCUGCAGGCAAAUGCCUCACACAUGCAUCUUCACACACACACACACACACGCACGCCCCGAUCAGCACUUCCACAGUUCAGCAGUUCCUGAUUUUGUUUUGUUUUUUUUACUUACAGAAAGUGUCUAAUAUAAUAAAUAUAUAUAUAUAUAUAUAUAUGAAAACAUUGUGAAGUUAAUUCAGACUAGUGGACCGCACAAGAUCUGACCCAUUCAAACAACAGCAUCAUCACCAGGAAGUGAUACUUCUUGUCCAGUAAUUCAGAAUACAAAGGAUGUGAUCUGAUUCUGUUUCAGUGAAACUCCACACAUUUUGAACAUUCCAAUUGGUUCGGUUGUCCCGAGCUUCUGUGACUGUGAAGGAAACUUUCUAGUGUGUGACAAAAUAACCCCAGUGAUGCCAUGAGAGUCAUUAAGGAUCGGACUCGAGACAGAUGCGUCACAGGCGGCGGCUGUUAUGAAUGUGGGAUGUGCAGUUUUAAAUAUGUGACUAUUUAGCCUGCGGGAAGAGUCUUCCCAAAGACACUGCUGAAUUGCUAGGAGAAGUGUAACAUCAGGUAUUUCAGACUGAAGUCAAGGUUUGCACAUUGUGCUUUCAUUCUGUCAUGAGCAAGUCCCCACACAUCAUGAAAGAACUACUGUUAAAUGUUCAACCCAUAUGUCCUUUGAGACUUUUUUUAAUCCAGUGUUUCAGAAUUCUCCGAAAUAUGUUUCAAUGAGAAAGCAAUGAGUUGAAUGUGUUUAAU